AUGAAGUACGACAAAAUGAAGUACGACAAAAUGAAGUACGACAAAAUGAAGUACGACGUGACGAAGUACGACGUAAUGAAGUACGACGUAAUGAAGUACGACGUGACGAAGUACGACGUAAUGAAGUACGACGUAAUGAAGUACGACGUGACGAAGUACGACGUAAUGAAGUACGAUGUAAUGAAGUACGACGUGACGAAGUACGACGUAAUGAAGUACGACGUAAUGAAGUACGACGUAACGAAGUACGGCGUAACGAAGUACAACAUAAUGAAGUACGACGUAAUGAAGUACGACGUGACGAAGUACGACGUGAUGAAGUACGAUGUAAUGAAGUACGACAUAAUGAAGUACGACGCCUCUGUCUGCGAGUAUGACGUAGAAUCUGAAAACCAGCAGUAA